AUGGCCACCAGACGUCAGAUAAUCUUCUUCAAUACCUGUCUGGCUUUCGGAGUCCUUGUUCUGGUACUACAGUUCGUCUACACGAAGAGGUCGUCCGUGGUGGAGUCACCGAACGCUCAAGACUAUGGAUCCGGACCCUACUUCACAGCUGACGAUGCUGUUUGGCUCGAUUCAUGGAGGCAAGCAAGUCCAAACGUCUAUCUCUUCUCGGCGUACCUGGACUCCAGACUGGGACCCAACCAGACGACCAUUCGGGUUAUUGGAGCUGUCCGACAGAGGCCCGCGCUGAAGGUAGCAUACAGUUGCCUUGUGGACGACGAUACCAAAAAACGUACGCGUCCGAUCGUCGCUAAAAUGACUAUUCUCCAGGAGCACCAUCAUCACAAGUUCACCGGCGUUUUCUUUCUGUGUCCUUAUUCGUGGGACCCCUCCAGCGAGGCCCCCCGAACAGUUCGCCUGGGAGUCAGCGGUGCCGAGUUCGGAACAUCACAAAGUGUUUCAAUCCACAACCGCCCCACGACUGAACAUCUUCCGGACCAUUCUCUAGCCCUCUGUGUCCGUCCUUUUUACGACGGCGUGCCGAAGCUUCACGACCUAGUACAUUUCGUCGCGUACUACUCGACUCACGGCGUACGGCGCUUUACAUUUUACGACAACGACUCCCGACCAGAAGUCAGGGAUUACCUUCGGACGCUUUCCAAACACCUGCAAGUAGAUCUCAUCUCCUGGAAUUCUCCGAACACCAGAUUGUCGUGGGCAUUGUAUCAGAACGCCUUCACUCAGGACUGCUUGUACCGCCACAUGCACGCCUCGAAGUACGUCCUCAUUGUAGACUUGGACGAGUUUGUGUUUCCGUUUCCCAAGAGGAACAAGCCGACGAGACUCGUCGAUAUCUUGCCGUCGUUUCAGAGGUCCAAGUCCUGCUUUAUGUUUCGGAACGUCUUCUGGAUGCGGGAAGCGUCUAGCGAAGACGAGCCGUUCAUCUUCAAGUCGGUCCAGCGGAGCAAAAGGGUGUGGCCUCCAAUGUUGAGGACUAAGUACGUGGCUAGAGUAAUGGACGUCGUUGAGGGCGGGAUACAUUACUGCAUCAAGUACCUCGACUCUCUGGGCAAGAACCGGCACUCCGUCGUUGGUAGCGCGCACAUGUUUCACUACAAGCAGAAAAGGACAGAACAGUACACAAAAGACCGCGUCAUGCUGGUGUGGCGAGAGAGCGUGAUGAAAUCACCUAUUAUGCGCGCCUACUUGUCACCGAGUACAGAGCCGCCGGGGCUCCUAGAGGAACUCAAGCAGUUCAUGCGAUUUGCAUGGUAA